GCGGUCUAGGAACGUUUGUUUGGGCGCCGCGGUAGCCGGGGAAGGGGUUGCGGUGGCGGCCUUGCGCCGGAAGUGUGUGCGGGGCGGCGGACAGGCAGGCAGGCCGGGCGGGCGGCGAUGGACGGACCUCCGGAGGUGACCGAGAUGUACGACCAGGCGCUGCUCGGCAUCCUGCAGCACGUCGGCAACAUCGAGAACUUUCUGCAGGUCUUCUUCGGGUUCCUCUACCGGAAAACCGACUUCUUCCGCCUGAUGGUGCUGAAGGAAGAUCGGCUGGGCUUCCCGCCCGGGGUGGCCGAGCGGCUGGCGCUGAGGGCCUUUAAGAAGUUUGAACAUUACUCUAUUCAAGACAAUGAGAGACGGAUGAAAGAGAUUGAGGAAAAACUCAAGAAUAGGAAAAUGGAGGAAGAGCAGUCAUGUGUCCCACCUCCUAGUCAGGAGGUGGAGGUUGACUCAACACCGGAGGAGCAACCUGAUGCAGUGGAGGUGGCUGACCGGAGCACAGAGAAAACUGACCCAGAGGUUGCAGCUGAUCCACAGGAGCCGCCCAACAUUGCUGCAGCUUCUGUACCCUUAGAGGGCGCUACCGCUGCACCAGAUUCAAAACAGGAGCCAAAGAAAUAUGUAGAAAAUUCUGACAGCUAUAAUGGGGCAGUGAGAGACAACUACACUUGGUCCCAGGAUUACUCAGACCUGGAAGUAAAAGUGCCAGUUUCCAAGCAGAUCGUUAAAGGAAGACAGGUGUCCGUCGACAUACAAAACAACUGGCUGCGUGUGGCUGUGUUUGAAGGAGGGAGUGAGAGAGUCAUCGUGGAUGGAAAACUGACACACAAAAUCAACACUGAAAACUCCAUGUGGAGCUUAGAGCCAGGGCACUGUAUUUUGAUUAACCUGAAUAAAAACGGGGAAUACUGGUGGAAUGCAAUUCUGGAAGGUGAGGAAACUAUUGAUAUCGACAAGAUAAACAAAGAGCGGUCGAUGGCAACAGUGGAUGAAGAGGAGCAUGCAGUGCUGGACAGACUGACUUUUGAUUAUCAUCAAAAAAUGCAGGGCAAACCACAGAGUCAUGAAACGAAAGUGCACGAGAUGUUGAAGAAAGGCUGGGACGCUGAAGGCUCGCCAUUUAAAGGGCAGGCGUUUGACCCAUCUCUGUUUAACAUUUCGCCUGGAGCGGUGCAGUUCUGAUUUCUGCUGCCAGUGCACCAGUGUGCAGAAGACACCAACCUGACCCCGACACCACUGAAGAUCAGCACAGACGAUCGACUGCAGUCAGCUCUUGAGCAACAUGAGACCUUCUCUGAGCUUUGAGUAAAGUCGUUGCAAACCAUCAGUUGCCAAGUCUUUGUAACGGACAAAUGUAUUUAUUUCUAUUAAUUUUGCAUAUCUUACAUUUUCCUGAGACUUUAUUUGCUGUCUCGUUAAUUGGGAGAGGUGUCCAAAUUUGCAGUUUAGGUUGCUUCCCUGUGAAUAGUGAAAAUAGUGUUUGAUAUUCUCCAUAUCCUUUGCCUGAAAGAACUGAUAUUUAUAUCCUUCUCAUGGUUUUGAAACUAAACAAUAAAACAUUUGUGAGUGAACUUUA